CCGGCCUGAGGGGCGAGGCUGGAGAGAAGGGCCAGCCCGGGAGCAGUCAGCGCAGGCCGGCAGAGCGGGGCCGCCGCCGCAGGGAAGCGCCGCUGACGCUCAAACGGCUGGGAGGCGGUGGCGCGAGGUGGGACCCAAAUGCUGGAGGAAGGAGAGCUACCUUCUCCAGAUGCUGCCCUCCCCAAAGAGGAAAGCACAAGAGAUGUAGCAAUGACAGCUUGUCUCCUCACCGCUGGGCCCCAUGGACCCAAGGCCUUUGGCAGCAUGACUGCAGCUUUUACCCAGGAGGGAUGGCGGCACCUGGUCCCUGCUCUGAGGGACAGGUUCAAGGAGGGGAUACUGGAAAAGUCCAGGAACCUGGUCCUACUGGGACUUCCAGUUUCCCAGCCUGGCAUGAACCCCCAGCUGGAACAAAGGAAAGGCUCCUGGAUGCUGGAGGGAGGAAGCCUAAGGAGUAGCUAUCCAGACUGGAAGAUUAUAUCUGAAUCACCACCCAAGCGAGACAUUUCUGAAGACUCAUUCCAAGACCCAGGUGUAGAGAUGCCCCCUGGGGAGUCAGAUCACAGGACUAGUGAACUGGGGAAGAGCUUCAAUCUGAGACCAGUCCUUUCUCCACAACAGGGAGUUCCUACAGAAGUAAGACCCCAUAAAUGGGAAACACAUACAAAGAGCUUCAGGAGAAACUCGGAUAUAAUUAAACCUCACAGAGCGAAACCAUACACGUGUAAUGAAUGUGGCAAAGCCUUCAGUUACUGCUCUGCUCUUUCUCAGCAUCAGAAGAGCCACACUGGGGAGAAGCCUUAUGAGUGCAAUGAAUGUGGGAAGGCCUUCAGCCAGAGCUCAUCUCUUAUUCAGCACCAGAGGAUUCACACUGGAGAGAAACCUUAUAAAUGCAGUGAAUGCGGAAGGGCCUUCAGUCAGAAUGCAAACCUCACAAAACACCAGCGAACUCAUACCGGAGAAAAGCCCUACAAGUGUACUGAGUGUGAGAAAGCCUUCAGUGACUGUUCAGCCCUAGUUCAGCACCAGCGAAUUCACACUGGAGAGAAGCCCUAUGAAUGCAGUGACUGUGGGAAGGCCUUCCGUCACAGUGCCAAUCUUACGAACCACCAGAGGACCCACACAGGGGAGAAGCCCUACAAAUGCAGUGAGUGUGGGAAGGCCUUCAGUUACUGUGCAGCGUUUAUUCAGCAUCAGAGAAUCCACACAGGGGAGAAACCCUACAAGUGUAACACAUGUGGCAAAGCCUUCAGCCAGAGUGCAAACCUUACCAACCAUCAGAGGACUCACACUGGAGAGAAACCCUACAAGUGCAGAGAGUGUGGGACGGCCUUCAGCCAAAGUACAAAUCUCAUCAUCCACCAAAAGACUCACACUGGGGAGAAGCCAUACAAGUGUAAUGAAUGUGGGAAGUUCUUCAGUGAGAGCUCAGCCCUUAUUAGACAUCAUAUAAUUCACACAGGAGAAAAACCCUACGAGUGCAGUGAAUGUGGAAGAGCAUUUAACCAGAGCUCAUCCCUCAGUCAGCAUCAGAGAAUUCACUCUGGGGUGAAACCCUACCAAUGUAGCGAGUGUGGGAAGGCCUUCAGGUGUAGUUCAGCUUUCAUUAGACAUCAGAGACUUCAUGCGGGAGAGUAACUGGGAACCUGACCGAAGUGGACAGGGAGCUGACCGGUGAAUGCAAGUAGUUUUGAGAAGAUCUGGAGACAUCUUAGUCUAGCCCAGAGCCACAUGCAGAAGCACCUUUAAUAAAGUUCCCAUUUUACCCGUUGCAUGUGGAGUCCCAGGAGCUUUCUCCUUAACAUCUUUAGUGAGCAUAAACAAUCCAAUUCAAAUUACUCUAAAAUUUACCUUCAUUCAGUGGGCCCAAGUUUUUUGUGUACCAACAAGCCCUUCAAAACGUUGCUUUGUAAGGAAGUGAUCAAAUCAAUGAGUGAUGGACUUGGUUCCUACUUAAGAGUCCAAGUAUUCUGGCAGUGGCUGAGUAAUCUUUGAAGAGUGCUGUUGCAAAAUAACUAAAAACACUGGACUGAGUAUUUCUUCAUAAUGGGAUCACUGAGGUAUCUUGAUUUGAGGGAGUCAAUUCAAGUGAGUUAAGGGAUUCUAGUGAACUACUGAACACAUCUCAUUGCAGCUGGGGGAUAUUCAUUCCCCUAAUGCCGAAGAUGGUAACCGCCUCUAGACAGCUAGCUGCCACCCAGAAAAACACUGAGGCCCAAUCUCCAAUUUGUGAACUGCCUUAGUGCUUGUUACUGCUCUCAAGAAAAGGAGUGAGGGUGUCAGGAAGAAGCUAAUAAAACCCCUCAAAGGUGCGGCCCUUUCUAUGGAGAUCCUAAUGCAGGAACAGCCUAGACAGCUAUCCUUUCAUUGGCUCAGGCAAGUGGGUCAUUUUUCAUGUCUUUUCCCUCUUGCUGAAGCAACUGUUCCUUUAGAAGCAGAUUCUUUGGUUUUUCUCCCUCAUAACUGACCUGGGUCCUACUCUUGGCUCUUAAAGAACAUCCUCACACCCAACUGGUAUGAUCUCAUCUCAGCAGUUAGAAACGCCUGUGUGGCUUCCCUGGAUUUUCAUUAGGUAAGCAUUUGAUUUCAGAUUCCCUGUUGUUGGUGUUUUGCAAGGAAAGCUGGUUGUAACCUCAACCAUCAUCACCUAAGGGCGUCAAGCUGAUUCCUUGGUGACCCGGCUCAUGUUUUGGGAUGCUUAUUCUAUCAUCUGACCUGAGCUCUCAGGUAAUUCUUUCCACUAAAAGCAGUUCUCCAACACUGCACAAGUGGGCUAUGGACAAAAUUAACAUGAGCAAAGAAAUGACUUAUGCUGGGGACAGUAUGUUACUGGACUAAUUCAUUGCCAACCCCCUUUGGGCUGGGACCCAGAAGCCCCUUUCAGAUGGUGCUUUUAAGCUGCUAAGAUACAGCCUAUCAAUCAUCCCAGUGCCCAGGUAUCUUGAGGUUCAUUCUUUCAUUCAAAGCACACCUACUGAGGUAAAAGGGAGUGAUGAGCUUUAGAAGUGAGUCAAUAGGAACAGAACUAAGGAAAAACAAGGAGGGGACCUGGGGAAGGUAAAGACGCCUAUUAACAGUCCUACUAGCUUAAAGCAAACUAACCCAGGUUCAGAUGAAAGGGCCAGCCCACCUAAGGAUCAAACUGGUCCAGAUGGAGAGCUGCUUCCCCAUGUAUUCAUGUUAAACAUGUUUUCUCUCUGGCAUUAA